AUGAACAGAUCUAGAAUUCGUCCAGAACAAUCCCACACAACUAGUAUAGAAAUUCGCCUCCUCUUAAAUGCUUAUUAUCUAUUCCACAGCCUCUUGACUCUCAAUUUAGCUGCAAACACGAAACGCAGAAUGAACACCCAAGAGCCAACAAAAAACCCCAACGCAAAGUUACAAAGGCCAUCAUGUGUACAGAAAUAUGCACCAAAUUCAACGAAUGCGGCUGCUGUCAUUUCAACGCCAGUACCUGCCACUAUUAACACCUACACAACUGCGCACUCCAAGAUUGUCCUGUCUUUCGCGCCACAUUCCGUCGCCAGCCAGUUGAGAUGA